GAUCUGAGAUAAUAAAAAGAUAAAAGAACAUAAAGAUUCUCUCUCUCUCUCUCUCUAAGAUGGUCACGUGCUGCAUUCUUUUCCAACUAAACCCAUCUCUCAAUUUACAAAACUCUUUCAAACCCUGUUACAUCUUCCUCAAAACUGCCCAUUGAUUAGGUAGGAAUCUCAGUCAAUCUUCUUCAAUGGGGUUUACUACCAAAGGUCAACCCUUUCUCUGUUUCACACCUCUUAAUCUGAUCAACACCAACACUGAUCAGCUUCAGGCUUCACUUCGAAGCCACAUUCUCCUUCACCUAGUCAUAUACAUCCUCUUCUUUAUCUCUCCAGGCUCUAGCCAAGCUUGGGACGGUGUAGUGAUCACACAAGCUGAUUACCAAGGUCUUCAAGCGGUCAAGCAAGAGUUUAUUGACCCAAGAGGCUACUUGAGAAGCUGGAACGGUUCUGGUUUAAAUGCUUGCUCUGGAGGUUGGGCUGGAAUCAAAUGUGCUCAAGGUCAAGUUAUAGUGAUUCAGCUUCCAUGGAAGUCUCUUGGAGGUAGAAUCUCUGAGAAAAUAGGACAGCUUCAAGCUCUACGUAAGCUUAGUCUCCAUGACAACAACCUAGGAGGCUCAAUUCCAUUGUCUUUAGGACUCAUUCCUAAUCUCAGAGGAGUUCAGCUUUUCAACAAUCGUCUCUCCGGCUCCAUCCCUGCUUCUCUAGGUCUCUCUCCUUCCCUUCAAACCCUUGAUCUCAGCAGUAACCUUCUUUCUGAAGCUAUUCCACAGAAUCUUGCUGAUUCUACUAAGCUUCUUAGGCUUAACCUUAGCUUCAACUCACUCUCUGGUCAAAUCCCAGUGAGUCUCUCUCGUUCUUCUUCUCUUCAGUUUCUUUCCCUUGACCACAACAACCUCACUGGUCCAGUUUUAGACACUUGGGGUAACAACUCUUCUCCUAGUCUCCGUGUCCUGUCUCUUGACCACAACUCUCUCACUGGUCCAUUCCCAUUUUCUCUCUGCAAGUUACUUCAGCUGCAAGACUUCUCCCUUAGUCAUAACAGGAUCGGUGGAACCCUACCUUCCCAGUUAAGCAAACUCACUAAGCUUAGAACAAUGGAUAUUAGCAGUAACAUUGUUAGUGGUCAGAUUCCUGUAACCCUAGGGAACAUUUCUUCUCUUACACAUCUAGAUUUUUCUCAAAACAAACUCACCGGAGAGAUUCCUGUUUCAUUGACUGAUCUCAAAAGCCUUACCUUUUUUAAUGCCUCUUACAACAACUUAUCUGGUCCUGUUCCUACUCUCUUGUCCCAAAAGUUCAGUUCCACCUCUUUUAUGGGAAACUUACAGCUUUGUGGAUACAGUGUUACAACCUUGUGUCCUGCUCUAAAUCCUCCUCCCCCGGCAUCAUCCCACAGGAGUCUGAGUACCAAAGAUAUCAUCCUCAUUGCUGCAGGAGCACUCAUCAUAGUUCUGGUUAUCCUUGUAUUUGUUCUCCUCUGUUGCUUGCUGAGGAAGAAACCAGACAAAUCCAAACCUAAGGGGGAAGAGGCUGGACCUGGAGCUGCGGCUGCAAAGACAGAGAAAGGAGGGGAAGCUGAAUCUGGAGGAGGAGACCCAGGAGGGAAGCUAGUUCACUUUGAUGGGCCGAUGACGUUCACUGCAGAUGAUCUUCUGUGUGCAACAGCAGAGACUAUGGGGAAAAGUACUUAUGGAACAGCUUACAAAACUACACUUGAAGAUGGAAGCCAAGUUGCAGUGAAGAGAUUGAGGGAAAAAUCACCAAAAGUCAGAAAGAGUUUGAGAACGAGAUUAAUGUACUGGGACGAAUCAGGCAUCCGAACCUUCUUGCACUUCGAGCUUAUUACUUGGGACCCAAGGGAGAGAAGCUUGUGGUUUUUGAUUACAUGCCUAGAGGCAGUCUUGCCACAUUCCUCCAUUCAAGAAGACAAGAUGUUUAUAUCAACUGGCCUACAAGGAUGAGUUUAAUAAAAGGAAUGACUCGUGGGUUGUUCUACCUUCACACGCACGCAAAUCUCAUCCAUGGAAACCUAACAUCAAACAAUGUACUUCUGGAUGGAAACAUCAACGCAAAGAUCUCAGACUACGGUCUUUCAAGACUAAUGACA